GCUUUAGAAUUGGUUGCACCUGCCUUUCUCUUCCCACGGUUCUAAACGCGUACGUGGCGCGCAGACCGUAACUAAUGGCCUCCAUGGCUCCAUCCGACGAAGUAUCGAACCAAUUUCCCAAACUUUAGCCCAAAAGGACCCCUCCCCUUCCCCAAUUCUUCUCCGCCCCAUCCCCUCCUCCUAUCAUCCGAGACUCCUUCUUCAAGGUCGAACCAGAGAGCUCGAAGAGAGCUCAUUCCUCUGACACAAAUCUCUCCCUCCGUGCCAAUCUAUCGGCUCCGUUUCGUGGGAUUGUUUGAUGUGAUGCUAAAAGUCUGGGUGAGAAGAGGUAAAUAAUUGUCCUGCAUUCUGUAUUCCAUAUAUCUUGUUGCUCUAAGAUGGGUGGUGUGCUUGGGAGGAGUGAUUCGUUCAGGCGAAGUGCACCAGAAUCAAAGCUUGAGGUGAAAAUGGUCGAAGCUAUGCAAAAAAGGGCAUCAGAAGGAACUUCCAUGAAAUCAUUCAACAGCAUUAUCAUGAAAUUCCCAAAAAUUGAUGAGAGCUUAAGAAAUUGCAAAACCAUAUUUGAACAAUUUGAUGAAGACUCUAAUGGUGCCAUAGAUCCAGAAGAACUGAAGCAUUGCUUCCAGAAGCUGGAAAUCUCUGCUAUGGAGGAGGAGAUCAGUGAUCUCUUUAUGGCAUGUGAUAUCAAUGAGAGUAUGGGAAUUAAUUUCAGUGAGUUUAUCGUUCUUCUUUGCCUUGUUUAUCUUCUCAAGGAACCGGCUGCUCUACAAGUAAAAUCACGGAUGGGAUUACCAAGCCUUGAGGCAACUUUUGAGACUCUGGUUGAUGCUUUUGUUUUCUUGGACAAGAACAAGGAUGGAUAUGUUAGCAAGAAUGAGAUGGUACAAGCCAUAAAUGAGACCACUGCAGGUGAACGCUCUUCAGGACGCAUAGCCAUGAAAAGAUUUGAAGAGAUGGACUGGGAUAAAAAUGGAACAGUGACUUUCAAGGAGUUUCUUUUUGCUUUUACCCGUUGGGUAGGAAUUGAUGAUGUCGAGGAAGAAGAGGAUGAUAAAUGAGUCUUCUGCUGUUUUGUUUUUGUUGCUUGCCCGCAAUUGGGGAUAUUGGUAAAAGCAGAACUGAUGGGCAGCAUUAUCCCUGUGAAGCAUUGUGUACUUCUUUUGCAAUAAUGGCAAGUGGGGACAGAGAUUGACAUCAGUUCAUCCAUUCCCUUGUCUGGCUUGGCUAUUUUUAUGUUAAUAGACCUAACAAACAUUAUUUUGGUUACAUGGUAAUAUUUUGGCAGAAGCCUUAUUUUGUUCA